AUGUCCAUUUCGGCAUCUAGUUACUCGGGAACUUUUAAACUUUGUCUGUUUAUUGUGGUAUUGGUGGCGUUUUCUUCCUAUUGUGGAUUUGUGAUAACAAGAGAAGAUUCACAGUUUUCAAAUCAUUUGCCCAAAUUGACGUCAACUAACGUCAUUUUGGAAAAAUUAGAUUCUUUGAGAAAAGAUUUCUUGAAACAGAGGACCAAUGUUGCUGGUCAGUUUAAAAAUUUGGGGUCGAAGCUAUCUGAGCUCGUCCUCAACAAAAAUACCAAACCAGAAAAUCAGCACAUAAAGGCACAAGACGAACCGUGGCGGAAAUCAACAAAAACAGGUUUGACGCUAUUUACUUCGUGGGUUGAUGUGCCAGAAAAGGAUCUGGUUCAUGGAAAUGUGGUCCGCAUGUGGAGGAAGUGGAAACCUCUAAUUAAACCAUUAUUCUUUUAUAGCAGUGCAUCUACAGGAAAACGUUUAGAGAAAGAGGGUUGGUUGGUGCAGCCAGUAUCCAAAACUGGUUGUGGAGUUACUGAGAUGCCAACUAUCAAAGACAUGUUCUUAGACGCGAUGAAAAAUCAUGAAAGCGUUUUGUACGGUUAUGCCAAUGGUGAUAUCACUUUUGAUGAUGGUAUGCCAAAAGCCAUCGAUUAUGUCGUGAAUAUGGAUGUUGUGCGCGAGAAACCGGUUCUGGUUUUGGUUCGUCGAACGAAUGUGGAUUUUUCUAAUGGUCCUGAAUUAGAUGCAAAUUCGGACAUAACGGAAAUGUACAAUGAAGGCAAGGCUUUAAAGGAUGGUUCUUCCGACGGAUUUUUUACAAACAAGUUGUUUCCAUGGAAGUAUCUUCCCGAUAUUGUGAUAGGCAGAAUAGGAAUAGGAAUGUGGCUUGCAUCGUACGCUCGAGCCAUGAACGUAACUGUAAUAGACAUCACCAAAACGGUAAAGGCUAUUCAUAUGACGACAAAGAGCGGAAACAGCGAAUCUCACUUUAAAAAGAAUGGUCGAUGUAAUCAUGUUAUUUACGGUCGGCUCAAAUUGUCCCCGACAAGUUGGGGAUGUGGUUUUAUCACAUGUGCAACAAUUGAUAUAACUUUUGAUAAGCAAGGACAAACAACAAUGCGACGUAAAAACCCGAAAAGUAUGAACCCGAAAUGUGGCAAUUGCUCUAUGGACUUGACGCAAAUUUUGCCAAAAUCUCUUGGAAUCACUGACAGAAUUUAUUUUGGACAAAAUAUCGAACCAAAACAAGUUGUAAAUAAAAGACCGAAGUCUCCAAAAUAA